AGGCUAUAUAAAUAACAUAUUGCUUGUUGUAAGAACAUCACAAAAACACUUCCCAAUAUCCUUUGUGUUCCUCCUCUUUUCCUAUUCACCAUGGGAAAUAAGGUGAAUCUUGAGUACAUCGUCGAUGGAUCUUCAAGGAAGGCAACAUACGUGAGAAGGAAAAAGGGCAUGCUGAAGAAGCUGGAAGAACUCACCACCCUUUGUGGGAUUGAUGUAUGUGCUGUGGUUUAUAGUGAGUUUCAUCACCAACCACUAGUAUGGCCAUCUCCACCGGAGGUUCAAAGGAUGAUCAACAAUUUCAAUAAUUAUUCAGAAUUUGGGAAGAGUAAGAACAUGAUGAACCAGGAGAGCUUUUUGGAGGAAAAGAUUCUAAAGGCCACAGAAAAAUUAGCAAAAUUUGAGAAGGAGAACAGGGAGAUGGAGAUGUCUAUGCGCAUGUUCGAAUUAAUGGCCAAUGGAAAUAUUAUUGACAAUAUGAACAAUGUUGAGUUGAAUGAUAUGGCAUGGAUAAUUGAUGAGAAGCUGAAGCAUGUCAAUUGGAGGAUCACUGAACUAGACAACAAGGCUUCAACAUCACAGAGCCAAGCUCAAAUGGCAGAUGAAGCAGUCAAGCCAAUAGACAAGGAAUGAAGACACCAUUCAGGAGCUGGCGAAGCAGAUCAGUUCUCGUAGAGCGCGAUAGGAAUUUUGGUACUUGGAUCUUUUGGGUGUUUUUCAUUAUGUUGUUGCAUUUUGGUUUUUAAUCUUUGAGUUGUGGGGUUUCCCGGAUGGUUUUGCUAGGCUUGAUUUUUUCAGUUGUUAUUGUUCACCAACUUGGAGGGCUCUUAGCUCCUGAUCGAUCGCAUAUUAAUAAAAAAAAUUGCUUUAAAAAAUUAAUAAUCAUGGUUUUGUCUACUCUAUUAGAUGUUGUGUUUAAGUAUAUUUG